UGAGAGGAGGCAAGAUGGCAGCCGCGGCAGUGGCUGAGUUUCAAAGAGCCCAGUCUCUUCUCAGUUCAGACCGGAAUGCAUCUAUCGAUAUUUUACAUUCAAUAGUAAAGCGGGACAUCCAGGAGAGCGAUGAGGAGGCAGUGCGUGUCAAAGAGCAGAGCAUCCUGGAGCUGGGUGGUCUGCUGGCUAAGACGGGCCAGGCUGCAGAGCUGGGCGGUCUCCUGAAGUAUGUUCGGCCGUUCCUGAAUUCCAUCAGCAAGGCCAAGGCGGCGCGGCUGGUGCGCUCACUGCUGGACCUGUUUCUGGACAUGGAGGCAGCUACAGGCCAGGAGGUGGAGCUGUGUCUGGAGUGCAUCGAGUGGGCCAAGGCUGAGAAGAGGACAUUCCUCCGACAGGCCCUGGAGGCUCGUCUCAUCUCUCUGUAUUUUGACACAAAGCGGUAUCAGGAGGCGCUUCAUCUAGGCACCCAGCUACUCCAGGAGCUGAAGAAGAUGGAUGACAAGGCCCUGCUGGUGGAGGUGCAGCUGCUGGAGAGCAAGACGUACCACGGCCUCAGCAACCUGCCCAAGGCCCGUGCCGCCCUCACCUCUGCACGCACCACCGCCAACGGCAUCUACUGCCCGCCCAAGCUACAAGCCGCCCUGGACAUGCAGUCAGGGAUCAUCCACGCAGCAGAGGAGAAGGACUGGAAGACGGCCUACUCUUACUUCUACGAGGCCUUCGAAGGCUACGACUCCAUCGACCACCCCAGAGCGAUCACCUCUCUCAAAUACAUGCUGCUCUGCAAAAUCAUGCUCAACCUUCCUGAGGAGGUCCAGGGUCUCGUCAGUGGAAAGCUAGCCCUGCGGCACGCCGGGAGACAGACAGACUCUCUGAAAUGCGUGGCGCAAGCCAGCAAGAACCGGUCGCUGGAGGAUUUUGAAAAGGCCCUGACAGAGUACAGAGGUGAGUUGAGAGAUGACCCCAUCAUAAGCACACACUUGACCACGCUCUAUGACAACCUGCUUGAACAGAACCUCAUCCGUGUCAUCGAGCCAUUCUCCAGGGUACAGAUGGAACACAUUUCCACCCUCAUAAAACUCUCCAAGGGAGAUGUUGAGAGGAAGUUGUCACAGAUGAUUCUGGACACAAAAUUUCACGGUAUUUUGGACCAAGGCGAGGGUGUGCUGAUCAUCUUCGAUGAGCCUGCAGUAGACACAACGUAUGAGGCGGCCCUGGAGACCAUUCAGAACAUGAGCAAAGUGGUGGACUCACUCUACAACAAAGCCAAGAAGCUCACAUAGAGGAGACCACCUGUAACCCAGCACAGAGCGUGUCCAGCCAGUUUGUGAAGCACUCCGGGAUGGGGAGAGGGUGGUGGGGGGGUGUUCGGACUCAAACAACCCAGCAAGUAAAUAAACCAACUGACCAACCCACAAACUGACAUGGCUAGGCUGUCGCCCACCCCUCUUCAAUUCAGACUGGGUACAUUUUUUAAAACUGUUUCCCCCCAACGAACAUUACAACUACUGGCAUCUCCAUCACAGGUUUCUAUGUUCCUCGGCAUCCCCCUCCUCCCCUCCUUGCUGACCAUCAGGGAAUCUUGUAAAGAAACAUCUACAUAACAUGUAUGAUACAUAUAGGUCUCUGAAAGAGUGUAAUUGGUAGGCUCACACUGCUUAAAGGUUCAGUUCUGUUGCCAAACAACCUCUGUGUUCUUGCCUUCAUACCCCCCCAACACACACAGACGGCAGUCUGGGUCUGUUGGCUUUGGGCAAGAGUGGACAGAGAACGGACCACUGUCCCUGCGAACACGCCACAGGAAAAGGACACAGUCAUCGCCACACCGUUUCAUAGUUCCCAGAGCUGGGUCAAUAUAUUGUUUGUUUUAUCCUGCCUGGGGUACCAGGAGGGUGUGGUUUUCCUUUUUGGGACUGUUCUAUUGGUUCCAGCUCAAUCGAGAACAGAUAAAGUACCUGAUAUGAUCUCUUAUACUAUUUGACUCCAGGUCUAAUUGUUUCCCUCCCUGCCUCUAAUUCCAGUUUGUACAUAAUGUUGCCAAGUGUCUCUGUCAGGCCUGUCAUGCUAACACUCCACCCACCCCUUUUUUUUAAUAUAUAUAUAUAUAACACUAAACGAGAAUAAAAUAAGCCCCCAGUGUGCUUUUGUGAGUGGUGGUGGAAAUGAUUGACCUGGUUGAAUGGAUUGUGACUGGCUGACUGACAGGGAGAGUGAGUUGGUUGUUUAUUCCUCAUGUAUUCAAACGACUGUGGCUCAUUUGCUGAAAAAUAUAAAAGCUGUAAGGUUUGGGGACUACUUUUUGCAAGGACUACUAGUCUACCAUUUCCCAUAUGACAGAUAAAAGACAAGUGCUAAUAAAUGUUGAAUGUCACA